AUGCGUCUGCUAAACACGUGCUUGUCUGACGCCGGGGACUUCGUAAUCCAGGAAUUCUUCGAUUAUGAAUUACCGCCCUACGCGAUUUUGUCACAUACCUGGGGCGAAGAGGAAGUCACUUAUCAGGAGAUCAACGCGGUCAGCGCGAAGGAAAAGAGCGGAUACAAGAAAAUCAUACAGUGCUGCUCGGUAGCAAGGGCAGACGGGUACAAGUAUGUCUGGAUCGAUACAUGUUGCAUUGACAAAACCAGCAGCGCGGAGUUGUCUGAGGCAAUCAACUCCAUGUAUCGCUGGUACCAGAAGUCUGAGUUAUGCUACGCCAUUCUUGCGGACGUACAAUCUGAUGAUGAAAUUGACAAGAGUAGAUGGCUUACCAGAGGCUGGACCCUUCAGGAGCUGAUUGCUCCAUCAAAGGUGGUAUUCCUGAAUAAGAGAUGGGAAUCUCUGGGAGAUAAAGCAACUCUCCAGGACAGAUUAUCUGAGUACACCGGGAUUCCCGCCGGCAUUCUUUCCGGAGAUGAGGAUAUCGAAACAUCUAGCAUAGCACAGAGGAUGUCGUGGGCUGCGGAACGACAGACGCGGAGAGUGGAAGACCGUGCUUAUUCCCUCAUGGGCAUAUUCAACGUCAACAUGCCACUAAUCUACGGGGAGGGCGAGAAUGCGUUUAUCAGACUUCAGGAGGAAAUUAUGCGCAUUUCAGAUGAUCAGAGUCUUUUCGCAUGGGUGUCUUCUGAUGAUUGCAGCGGGCUUCUCGCCAUCUCUCCUGCCGCAUUCGCCCAUUCGCACAACAUUGUGCGAUCCAAUCUGUUCGGCAGACUUGACAGCCCUUUCACUGUCGAUAGUAGAGGGGUGCACUUAGACAUUGGCUUCGCAGGAAUAUCAGGCGACGGUCUAGGUCUCGCAAUCCUCAACUGUACGGAAAGAACCCGCACAGAAGAGACCCAGCAAGAUAAGGUGAUAGCCAUCUAUUUGAAGGACUUGACUCUCACUAUGAGUCAGUUUAAGAGGGUUCAUAGCGGUUCUUUCCGACAUAUCGAUCUUGAAGCCUUUCGACCGAUCCAAUAUCCUGUGAGAAGGAUUUGUGUCCGAGGUGGUCGCACGAUGCUCAUACGCCAACGAAUCGCUGCCAAACAAGACGACAUUUCCCCACAGAGUAUCCAUCUUUAUGACGAGGUCAAACUGCCAACCCAAUACAUCGACCCAGCAGCAUUAUUGGUGGCCACGGAAGCAGGAAAUCUAGGUGGUGUAUGGUUGCUGUUGACGCGAAGUAAUAUCGGGAUACACGAAACAAAUCUGAAUGAGAAUGGACAGGAAGGCAUUGUUCAUAUACUUCUCGAGAAAGGCGCCUAUAUUGAGACCAGAAAUUCAGACGCUGCAGCAAACGGACAUGAACGUGCCGCAAUUGAGAUUACACGUUCAGAUAGGCAUACACCUCUAUCAUUAGCCGCAGAGAAUGGACAGGAAGGCAUUGUUCAUAUGCUUUUCGAGAGAAGCGCCUUUAUUGAGACCAGAAAUUCAGACGCUACAGCAAACGGACAUGAACGUGCCGCAAUUGAGACCAAAAAUUCAGACACUGCAGCGAACGGGCACGGACGUGCCGCAAUUGAGCCCGAUAAUCCGAAUGCUGCAGAGAAUGGACAUGAAGACAUUGUUCAGAUACUUCUUGAGAGAGGUGCCGCAAUUGAGACCAAAAAUUCAGACGCUGCAGCGAACGGGCACGGACCCGCAAUUGAGCCCGAUAAUCAGAAUAGUCAGACACCACUAUCCUUAGCUGCAGAGAAUGGACAUGAAGACGUUGUUCAGAUGCUUCUAGAGAGAGGCGCUGCAGUUGAAACCAAGGGUCAGUGGGGCGGGAAAACACCGCUGGCACUGGCUGCAGCAAAGGGAUAUGGAGGCAUUAUACCACUCUUCAAGGCUAUACAGAAUGGGCAUGAAGAUAUUGCCAAUCUGCUUUCUGAGACAGGCGCCAAAUCUAGGACUAGAUUGUUUAUGCUUCGGAGAACACCGCUAUAA